UUUACCAAAUAUAAAAUCUAGAAUAUAUUUGAUUUAAUUCAAUUGAUAUUUUAUGUCUGUCUUUCAUUUGCAUAUACUGUGAAGGGCAUUUGACAAGAUUUAUGUUUUUCAGAUUGAGCAAUUAAUUGACUGAUGGAGAGGGUUAAGAAUGGGUUGUACAGGAUUAAACAGCAUAAAACAAGUAAACAUCAUGUGUUUGCAUAUAUGAGAAAAUAUUACAUCAAUUUAAUAUUUUGUUUUGUUUUUUUUUUACUUUAAUUUUUAUUUUUUAUAUUUCAUUUUUUGGAUUUAUUCACACUCCAUACCAGCUGGUGGAGCUAAUGCACCAAUUCCUUUGUUGCCAGCCAAUAGAAGACAUUAAGUAACAGAGGUUGAGGAUAGUGUAAGUUCACUAUAGUGUAAACUUAUAGUUUGUGGUGUAAACAUGGCAGUGCAAACUCUUGUCUCUGCGAAAUGGCUCGCUGACAUGGUAAAGCGCAGUUUAGUCGGACCGCGCUUACGGAUCCUGGACACGUCCUGGUACCUGCCAAUGAUGAAUCGAGAUUCCAAGAAGGAGUUUGCACGAUCUCACAUCCCAGGAGCGUCUUUCUUCGACAUCGAUGAGUGCUCCGACAGAACCUCGAAGUUCGACCACAUGCUGUCAUCCGAGGAAUUCUUUGCAGACUACGUUGGGAACCUGGGCGUUGGUGACGACACCCACGUAGUUGUUUACGAUGCCAGUGACUACGGAGCGUUUUCCUGCACCAGGGUUUGGUGGAUGUUCCGAUUGUUCGGCCACCCUCAGGUGUCAGUGCUGAACGGGGGGUUCAGGAACUGGGUCAGAGAGGGUCACCCGGUCACGGGGACGUACAGCAAGCCUGAAAAAGCCAACUUCACCGCCACUAUGAACCGCUCCUGGGUCAAGUCAUUUGAGGACAUCACAGAUAACAUUUCUACUCAGAGUUUCCAGGUGGUGGACGUGAGGCCCUUUGCAAGGUUCCGUGGAAGAGAGCCAGAACCAAGAGAGGGUGUAAAACCAGGCCACAUCCCUGGCUCCAAAUGCAUGCCUUUCUUCAAGUUUGUAGAUGAGGAUGGCAUGAUGCUGUCCACGGAGGAGCUGAAGAAGUUCUUUGAGAAGUCACAAGUGGACCUGAGUAAGCCCAUCUGUGGUACCUGUGGCUCUGGUGUGACUGCCUGUCACAUGGUGCUGGCUGCCCAUCUGUGUGGUGCCCCCGGGGCUUCAGUGUAUGAUGGAUCCUGGUAUGAGUGGUUCACCAAGGCUCCGCCAGAGCACAUUGUCUCUGAGGCUUCGAAGCUUUGAGGAGGUGCUGAAAAACUGUACUUCAAUCAGAUACGUCAGAGAUAAGCAGAAAUAUGUAAACCAGCAAUGUAAGUGGAUACAUGUUAGAUUAUCUCAGGGUGUAAACAGCAACAAUAUUUUACUCAAUAUGACUAAAAUCAUGGGGUCCAAAACCUGUGGUGGUGCCCCUGCUUGUGAGAUCACAAUCUCAACAUUAUCAGUAUCUGACAGUGUCCUUCUACAGUCGCCUGAAGAACUGUAUUGUUAUAGCACAACCUACUGGUGCUUUAAAGGAGGUGCACUAUAAAAAAUGUGCUGAAUACAGUUUUAUUAUGUCCGGUACGUCCAGUUUUAUAAUGCUGCACUUGUGUGAAUGUCACAGUCUCUAAUUCAAAGCUAAAAAGCAUUAGCAGUUAAAAUAAAUUAGUGCCAGUGAGAUUUUAUAUGUCAUUUUAUUUUAAUGUUGUUCAUUUUGUAAUGUUCACAAUCUUAAUAAAAAACACUAAGUGUUCGAA